AUGGCGGCCUCAUUGUCGGAGGAGUCGUCAAUUAUGGACUUGGUGGUGACUUUGCAUUUGAAGGCGAUGGUGGAGAAUAUGGAGUUGGUGUCACCUGCCCAUAUGGAGGCGACGGUGGCGGAUACAGAGAUGGUGGUGGUUGUCCAUAAGGAGGAGGACAUCGAGGGGAUGGUGGUGGGUGUUGUGCCGGCGGCGGUGGUUGCCCGUAAGUUGAAGGUGGAUGAUGAUGAGUGGGUGGGCGAUGAUGGUGAGAGGGUGGUGGCUUGCCAUAAGGAGGGUAUUGUGAUGGUGGUGGGUAUUGGGACGGCUGUGGAUGGCCAUAAGGUGGUUCGCAACCAUGAGAAGGUGGCGGAUAACGGUGAGAGGGUGGCGUGUAACCCUCAGAUGGAGACGGAUGCCAAUGGCCAUGAGAUAGGGGACAGUAGUGGCGAGAAGGAGGUGGAUGCCUAUGAGGUGGCGGUUGAUGAUAGCAUGAGGGUGGUGGAUGUAGAGGUGUGGGUGGCUGGUACCCGUGGGAGGGUGGUGGACAACCACGAGACGGAGGUGGAGUAUUGUAAGUUGGUGGUGGGUACCAAUGAGUGGGAGACGGGGGCCGGUAGCCGUGAUGCUGUGGCAGUUUUGGUGGUUGGUAGCCAUGAAAAGGUGGAGGACGGUAUUGGGAUGGUGACUGGUGUCCAUGAUGUGGUGGUUGUAUUGGUGGUUUACGAGGUGGUGGUGGUUGAUAACCAUAAGAGGGUGGAGGAUAGUAGGGAGCUUGUGGUGAGUAUUUCUGAGGAGGUGAAUAUCUUGGCGGUGGUGUAUGACGUGUUAAAGGUGGCGGACCGUAACCACCAUAUUGACUUCCUUGUUUUCCGGCGAUGGCACCAAAUGAAGGGAUGGGGGUGUUAUGCAGUGCCAGCAGCAGCAGCAAAAGGUGGGCCUGAGAAGUAG